AUGGCAUUUCCCGGCCACUUCUUCUCCGGCGCCGGCGCUCCUGCAGCCUUCAUCCGCCGCUCCGAUUUCGGCAAAGAUUUCGUGUUUGGUUCUGCAACUGCUGCUUUCCAGAUUGAAGGUGGUCUUGAUGAUGGCGGUAGGGGAGAUUCCAUUUGGGAUACCUUUGCCAAAGAAAAUGACUUGUUUCACCCAUAUCACGAAGAUGCUGUGAAUCACUACGAAAAGUUCGAGGAGGAUGUGAAGCUCAUGAAGGAAAUAGGAUUUGAUGCUUACAGAUUCUCAAUCUCAUGGCCCAGGAUUCUUCCAACCGGAAAAAUUGAGUCUCGGAAUCAAGAAGGGAUUAACUAUUACAAGAAACUCAUAAUGAGGCUCAGACAACACGGAAUUGAGCCAUAUGUCACACUUUUCCACUGGGAUCUUCCUCUAGCAUUGCAAGAGGAAUACAAUGGUUUUUUGGAUCGUAGAGUGGCGGAGGAUUUUGGUGUAUAUGCAGAUGUUUGCUUCAAGGAGUUUAGUCAAUAUGUUGACCACUGGAUCACACUGAACGAACCAUUCACAUAUGCCUACUCGGCUCAUGUGGAUAAAGUCCACGCUCCUGGUUUGGGAACCGUAAAAGACCAUCUCUUCGCAACCGGCACCAACACCGAGGGAGCACCGGCAGCUACUACCACAGCUGCGACGGAAGUAUCCGCCGAUGCGGCGGCUGCUACUAAUGCGGCAGAGGAGGAGGAAGAAGAGGAGGAUGACGGAGGUUCCUUCUUCCAUCCUUCCCGUUCCACGGUUCACCCGAAACAGACCCGAAACAAAGUGAUGGUUUUCAAGCCAACCGAAUCUUGGGCAUCCGAAGCCGAGUUCCUUGACCCGUUUGCAUAUCCAUACAUCGUCACACAUAACUUGCUCCUUGCUCAUGCUAAAGCUGUAGAAGUUUUCAAGAAGAAAUACCAAGAUCCUGCUAAGAAGAAGAAGAUUGGAAUUACCUUAGUGUCCAUGUGGUUUGAGCCUCGCAACCCGGAUGAUGAGAAGGACAAAGCCGCUGCUUUAAGAGCCCUUGAUUUCUUCAUUGGAUGGUACCUGGACCCAUUGGUUCAUGGAGAUUACCCCAAGAGUAUGAGGGAAUAUGUGAACCCAGACCAUCUUCCUAAGAUGGAUGAUGCUGAUAGAAAAGCCAUUCAAGGAAGCUAUGAUUUCAUUGGUGUCAACUACUACACCGCCAGAUAUGUUGGUCACUCGGAACCCAAGGGAAAACUCAAGAGGAUUGGAAGGAAUUACGUCACUGAUCAGUGCCUCAAGUAUUACGAGUCACGCACUGAGAACGGAGUGGAUGUUCCCAUUGGUAAAGAUACGGGUGCUUCGGCCUGGCUGAUUUCGUAUCCUAAAGGAAUGGAGGGACUUUUGCUUCACAUCAAAAACAAUUACAAGGAUCCACUUAUCUACAUCACUGAAAAUGGAAUUGAUGACCACGAUGAUGAUUCAUCAAGGCAUUGGAACUCCUUCUUUGAUGAGAAGAGAGUGAGACACAUCCAUGAUCACCUCAACUAUCUCUUGGAAGCCAAACGGAAAGGAGUGAAUGUGAAAGGAUACUUUGUGUGGUCAUUGCUGGAUAACUUUGAGUGGAACAAUGGUUUCCAUGCUCGAUUCGGGCUCAUCUACGUUGACUACAAAAAUGAUGCAAAAAGGCACCUCAAACUCUCUGCUAUGUGGCUCAAGAAUUUCCUAGCAGACAAGUGA